AUGAACCUCCGUCUCUUGCUACAGGUGCUCGGUAGCUUUAUUCUUUUACACCAUUUAAACGGAGCUGUCUUCGCUGCUGAGCCAGCUGGAGAGUACAGUCUUGAAGCCUUGACGCCAUCUCAUCAGCAAGAUCUGUACAUCUCCCAGACGGACACAGACAAGCGGUGCAGCCCUUCGCUCAAACAGGGCAGGCUUCGCUUCGAGCUCUGGGUAGUUGUCCUACUCGGAGUGCUCUAUUCAACCGUCUUUGUGCUCUCCAUCAUCGGCAAUAGCUUUGUCCUGGCAACUGUGGUGCGCAACCCUGAGAUGCGUUCCUCCACGAAUUUGUUCAUUUGCAACUUGUCAGUUGCAGAUCUGCUCGUGACAAUCUGUGGCCUGCCAAUCACGUAUCUGCAGAAUGUAUUUGAGGGUGAGAAAUGA